AUGAAAGGAUAUGAAACGAUCCUGUUAGUUGCCACUGGCCUAGGUGUGGUGGCUGUUGCGCCGUAUCUACAGGGGCUAGUCCAUGCGACUCGUGCGCAUGAAAUCCGUAGCGCGCCCGUACAUCUGAUCUGGCAUAUCCCAUCCUGGAAGCAAGCACAUGCGGUUUUUGACAUUAUCGACUUUGCCCUCGCCCUUGACGAAGGCGAUGACACGGAGAAGGGAGGCGGAAAACCGCCGCAAAUAUCGGGUAUAAAGAUUUCCAUGUGCUACGAGGAGGAAAAAUCCUCAUUGCCCCCUAAAGUCCAGCUGUUCAUCCGGGAAAUGGAAAAGAAGGAGAGUGAGAAGCCAGGUAGAACCAGGAUCAAAGUCUACAACCGUGACUUGCCUCUCGAGACAUUGUUGAUUAACGAUGCAGUGAUAAGCCCUGCUCAAGGCGACUCCGAGAAGCCUACCAUGAUCGCAGCCUCAGUUUCCAAAGAUAUGAGGAACAAGCUCGUCAAAUUUGCAGGAGAGCAUUCAAGCGCGGUCGAACUGGUGUUUACAGAUUAUCAACCUUGA